AUGUCUUCGACGACCAACACCCCUACCCGCCCUGCGCGUGGGAUACCAGUCCCUGGUAUCGAUACGAGAGGCCCUGCCGAAAAGGCGGCGGCAUCUCUUUCGUUCAGCGGAUGGCCCCUGACUCCUCCUCAGUCCGCUCACGAGUCCAGACGUCCAUCGCUGGCAUACUCUGCGCUCUCUGACGCCUCUCACUCUGGUCCGUCCUCAGUCGGCGGAUACUCGCAACCAGCUACGCCUGUACACGCGAUGAACCAACACAACGAUGUCAAGCAGCAGUGGUCCGACGGCACUGACGUCCAUGCCUCGAUGUCGGCGAGCUUGGCUGACACGUGCUCGACGGGCCAAGUCCCCCAACACAACUUCGCGUCUGCAUUCCAGCAGCUGUCGAUGUGUGGUGCCAACGCGCCGCACGGUCUUUCCACGUACACCCCUCAGGGACAACACCAAGUCGGGUCUUAUGGACUCGAUAUGAGCUCGGACUCACCCAUGCGUGGUGAUACCUGGUCACAGCCACAGCAAAUUUCGACUGCAUUCAAUGGACAUCCUGGAUUGAGGACCACGCUCUUUCAAAGCACACAAGGUCUUGGUCAGGACUCUGGGUCGAUGUACGCCAACCCAUCGCACUCAGUACAUACCUCCCUUGGAGCGUCAGCCUUCCCAAACUACGACACUGCUGGCCCAACGUUGGACACCAGCUUUUACCAAGCACCUCAGGUCGUCGUACCAUCUCAGCUCAGCCCACAUGAGGACUACCCCAUGGAGCAGUACUCAGGGUACGACCAGCAAGAAGUCGAAGACGGCUUCACGCAAAGCUUCGACUCAUCUGCAAGCAGCUACAACGGAUGGGAGACCAUGGAACCACCAAGCCCCCAAGAAGCGUACUUUACCAAGAACGAGGACGACGACUUCAUCGCAGUCAAGUACGAGCCUUCAACUCCAUCCAGAGGACCAAGCCGAUCUCAAGGCUUCUUCGAAUCCGGACCAAGCCAAACCCGCCCUCGACGACGCGGCUCCAAGCGCGGCCGGAAAUCCCAAGCCGAAGGCAAAUGCUGGUAUCAAGCCAACGUCUGCAACAUGGAAGUCCGCUACAAAGGCCCUCGCUUCUCCCGCCUCCAAAGCGCGGAUGGCUCCAUCCAGUACGUCUCCGAAGAGCGCAAAGAGACCAAGCCCCACAAGUGCACCUUCAAAGACGCCGACGGCAACGUCUGCAUCAGCCGCUUCGACCGCAGCGAGCACCUCAAGCGCCACAUGAGCAAGCACUCCGAAGUCCGCGACUACCCCUGCCCGCUCCACGACUGCGACAAGAAGAUCGCGCGUCCGGACAACGCCGCCGACCACUUCCGCACGCACCUCCGCAAACCCGUCAAGGGGAAGCGGAACAAGCACUGCACGUUUGAGCGGUUGCAGGAGGCGAUUCUGCAGGAGUAUCCGGACAAGACGGCGACGAAGCUGUUGAAUAACCUGCGCAAGUGGUAUGAGGCGGAGCGGGAGAGGGAGGAGAUCGCGGAGAUGGAGAAGCGUGUGGACCGCGAGAGGAAGCGGGUUGAGCAGGAGAUGUGUGAGAGGGAGGAGGUUUGUAGGAUGGCUGGGGGCCGUCUUUAUUAG